AUGGCCCAACGUCAGACCAGGCGCUUCAGAACCACCCAGGAGACCCCCAUCACGAGGGAGAUGCUGCUCGACUCCUCCUCCUCGCUCCUCUUCUCGCUGCUAUUGGCCCAGCUGCCCGUCUUCACGUCGGCCUCUCCCGUGCGCCGCUCCAGUGACCUGGACAAGCUGUCCAACCAGACCAGGAACCUCAUGAAGCUCACGCAGGAGCUGCUGAGGGAGCACGCGUUCGACUCGGAUGUGGAGUCCCACAGGUUUAGGUCCCUGCCAGAAAUGAGCAACAGAUCAGCCAAUGACCUCACCAAUCUUGAGCUGAAGCCCACACUCUCUCAGCUACAUGCUGACCUGAAGUUGUAUGAGCAUCACUUUGAGUGGUUGAACCGGGUGUCAAAGAAGCACCACCACCCCGCAGUGCCCAAACUGAUGGAGAUGAUCAAAGAAAUGAAAUCGCUCAUCAAUCUGCUGAAUCGUCAGAUGCAGAGAAUUGAAGCACCAAAGCUGACUUCUGCCACCCCCUCCCUCCCUCCUCACCUCCCCUCUCACUUUGACGUCCUGCAGUCCAGCCACGAGCUUCUCCAGCACUUCAAGCUCUUCUGUGAUUGGGCGUAUAGAGCGUUCCUCAGCCUCAGGCCCAAAGCUUCUGCAGUGCAAUGA